GUCAAAUUGUAUAAUUUUCAAUGGCUUGUUUGAAAACCAGUUGAAAUCAGUAAUUUCUGAAAUUAUUUCACCUUUAGCACAAUUUUAUUUUUCAGUAAAGCGUUCUAACUGAAAUCAGACAUGGCUGUAAUUGGUUUGAGAAAUGCAGAACACAGAGACUUUGUAGUAAUUCUCUUUAGAAGGGCCAUUUCUCAAAAUGUUUUCAAAAUAGGCCCUUAAAAAAGUUUAAUACUAUCACAGAUUAUUUUUAUAUUAAGACAGUGAAGCAGAAUAGUGCUGCAGCAGUAUUUGAAGUUUCACUUCCCUGGCAGAAGACCUUCUUUUCCCAAGAACUGAGGAUCCAUAGUUGUGGGGAAGUUAUAGCAGGGAGACAAGCUAGGAUGCUAAUGUCCUGUGUGGUGGCUUUCUGGACCUGUGUCCCUUUUAACCACUUUAAGUACCUAAUUUAGCUCACACCCCUGUGUGACAGGGGUGUGAGGGGUGUACCUCUGCCUUCGGAAGUAAGAAGAAUCUGAGUUUGUCCUGUCAUUGCUUUUUUGGUAAAGCUAGCUGAUGGUAAAGAGGCACAUUAUAGAAAUUAUAAAUAUUAUACUAAUUCUUUUGUCAGGUGGAGCAUCUGUCAUUUAUCCCUCAGGUUUUCAUGACACGACAGAGAUCUUCUAAGGUUUUGACCCUGUGUGCUAACCUGUGCAGAGGAGUAAAUUUUUUACUUUUUCCAGCAAGGCCAAGAGAUUCUGAUUAAAUUUAAAACAAUUAUUUUAAGUCUUGCAUGUGCAGUGAUGUCAUUGCACAGGCAGAGAGGGUGGAAAUUGCUAAUAAAUAAAUAAUAAAAUCUGUUAUAUUUCAUAAAUCUUAUAAAUGCAUAAAUGCACGGCCCUGUUCAGCAGUGCCUUCAGAAGUGGACUGCACUAUUGUGGACUUGGGAACAGGAGACCCCGCUUCCUGCAUUAGCAUUGUGCUGUGAAUUUGCUCUGGGCAAUCCCAGAGAAAUAUAUUCAGGCUUGGCUCAAGGCCCUUCUAGUGGUGGUACCUCUCGUGUGCCUGGCUGUCUAAAUUAGAUGUUCCUGCUGUUGCCCAGAGAAUUUAAGGAGAAUAUAUUUUAUUUCUUGCCUUUCUGGCAUUAACUGCUCAUUUGAUUUUGUUUGGUUCUUUGGCUUUUACUAAAGCUUGCUGGUGGUAAAGAGGCACAUUUUAGAAAGUGUAAAUAUUGUACUCACUCUUUUGUUUUCCCUCUUGGUACAAAGAAUGAAUGUUAUUGUGCCCUGAAUUAAUGAAAGACUCUUGGUCUAGGAGCCUUACCUAGUUAGGUAAUCGUGGGCAUGUUUUCAGUGUUAGAAGGGAAUUCAUUUUAUCCAAGAAACCCCUGGCAAGGAGGAGAUGGAACAGCGUUUUCCCUGUGCAGGAGCUGUGAUUGUGCACAUGGCCACAAGGAGCUAGUGCCUGUCUGUGUGGGCUGGUUACACGCUGGCUGCUGCACACAGGUCAUGUUUGAGCAGCUUGUGAAAGGCAGCCUUGGCUGAGCCUGCUGCUACGCCGUGUGCAGAGAUCAGCAGUGCCGGACGCAGCUUGGAAAGCACGAGGGAUGCCAAUUGGUGGGAAACAUUUAAACUGGCAGGGACAGCAGGUAGCUGAGUGCAGCAAGCAGCCUACAUAAGGAUCACAGGUUGCAUCGGGGAUUUCCUGAUGAAUGCCUAAUAAGCACAUGGCUUAGAUGGGCAGAACUCUUCAAGCUGUUGUAAAUGUAGCUGAAAGACGCGUGGCUUGGAGGACAACAAAUAACUGCUCUCGUGAAACUUUUUUUUGGCGUCGCGAUAUUUAAAGUCCAGAAAAAUAAUGGAGAGAAAACUGGACAAUAAAAUGAAAAGGGAACUGUCCUACUUAGCUACUUUAAACGACAGAAACAUAUCCUUGGUGUCUAUUCGUAAGCAGCAGACAACUUGUGAUGUGCCUGAACUACUGAUUAUUGGUGAAAAGUCCAAGACGGCAUCUCCGGUAAAAGCAAGCAGUAACUUGCAGAAAGAAGAGAAACUUUUGCAGAGUUACUCCAUGGGAAUGACAGAAGUCAAUACAGGUGAAAGGCAGGCUUUGUCCAACAUCAAUUCUCCUCCUGGUAGUGAGCUGAAGCCUACAAUGAAACAUAAUUUUGCUUUUGACAACAUGGGCUACGAGGCAAGCUCUGAAACCAUGCCCUCUCCACCUUCCCAAGAGCAUACUGUGGUAGUCACCAUUGUGGGAAUGACUUGCCAAUCAUGUGUGCAGUCGAUAGAAGGCCGAAUUUCCAAGGUGAAGGGCAUUUUGAGAAUUAAAGUCUCCCUUGAACAGAACAAUGCUGUUAUCAAGUAUCUGCAGUCGGAAAUAAGCCCUGAACAGAUUUGCCAGGAAAUUCUGGAUAUGGGCUUUGACGCCAACAUAGCAGAAGAUAAGUUGACGACAGCGACUGUAAAUUUGCCAAGCUUGAAAGAAGCAGUAGCUAAGCUUCGGGUAGAGGGCAUGACAUGCCAGUCCUGUGUCACCAACAUUGAAGGAAAGAUUAGGAAACUGCAUGGUGUAGCAAAAAUCAAGGUGUCACUUGAUAACCAAGAAGCAAUUAUUGCUUACCAUCCUUACAUCAUUCAGCCUGAUGACCUCAAGAGACACAUCAGUGACCUGGGAUACGACUGCACCAUCAAAAGUAAAUCAGCCCCUUUGAACCUGGGUGCCCUUGAUCUCCAGCGCUUGCAGAAUGCAAACCCCAGGGAGACAACGGCAAGUCUCGAGAGUGAUGGGCUGGAUCCCCUGGUCCCUGAGAUGGGUAGCACAGCAACAGUGACUCUACAGAUAGAGGGCAUGCACUGCAAGUCCUGUGUCAGAAACAUCGAAGGAAAUAUAUCAGAUCUUCCUGGCAUAAAAAGUAUUAAAGUGUCUUUGGAGCAUAAAUGUGCUGUCGUACAGUACAACCCAGAUUUAAUCACCCUGUCAGCUUUCCAGCAUGCUAUUGAAUCCCUUCCACCUGGAAACUUUAAAGUAAGCCUCCUUAGUGGUUCAGAAGCAAAUAAAGCAGCAUCUCCCUCAGGUGCUUUCACAUACAAUGUCGUCAGACAGCCACCACAAGGCGCGACACAUACGGCUGUUAUUAAGAUUGAUGGCAUGACCUGCAAUUCUUGUGUACAGUCCAUAGAAGAGGCCGUAUCACAGAGGCAGGGAGUGCAGCACGUAGCAGUUUCUCUAGCUGGCAGUACUGGGACCAUACACUAUGAUCCAGCUGUCACUAGUGGAGAAGAGUUAAGAGCUGCCAUAGAAGACAUGGGAUUUGAUGCCUCUGUGCUGACAGAUACCACCCCUGAAGAACACAGGUCCCAGCCUGAUGCCAGCAAAGCUGCUGUGCAGCCUCGAGCUCCAGAGCCUCCUCGCCAAGGCAAUCCCUCGGAUGCUCUUCCAGACAGUCCUCACCCUGAUGGUUCAAACCAGCUCAGUGGAGCCACAGAAGAAAAGUGUGUUUUACAGGUCACAGGCAUGACCUGUGCAUCGUGUGUGUCUACCAUUGAAAGAAAUUUGCAGAAAGAAGAUGGAAUUGUUUCAGUGUUGGUAGCACUGAUGGCAGGUAAAGCAGAGAUAAAAUACAAGCCAGAACUCAUACAGCCUCUUGAAAUAGCACAGCUGAUCCAGAAUUUGGGUUUUGAAGCUACCAUCAUGGAAAAUAAUGCAGAAACAGAAGGGCAAGUGGAGCUUCUUAUUACAGGGAUGACUUGUGCUUCUUGUGUUCACAAUAUUGAAUCCAAACUCAUGAGAACAAAUGGCAUAUUCUCUGCCUCAGUUGCACUUGCAACUAGCAAAGCUCACAUCCAGUUCGAUCCUGAAAUUAUUGGACCUCGAGAUAUUAUAAAAGUAAUCAAGGAAAUCGGCUUUCAUGCUUCUGUGGCUAAAAGAGCUCCAAAUGCAAAUAACCUGAGUCAUAAAAAGGAAAUACAGCAGUGGAGGAAAUCUUUCUUGUACAGCCUAGUGUUUGGUAUCCCAGUCGUAGUCAUAAUGAUUUAUAUGCAAAUACCGAAUGGUGAAGGCCAUGGGUCUAAGGUGCUGGACCAGAACCUCAUUCCUGGAUUAUCUAUUUUGAAUCUUCUCUUCUUUAUCCUGUGCACUUUUGUUCAGUUCCUUGGUGGAUGGUAUUUUUACGUACAAGCUUACAAGUCACUGAGGCACAAGACAGCCAAUAUGGAUGUGCUCAUCGUACUGGCCACGACGAUUGCUUAUGUGUAUUCCUGCGUGAUCCUGAUAGUGGCAAUCAUUGAAAAGGCAGAGAAAAGCCCUGUCACUUUCUUCGACACUCCUCCGAUGUUGUUUGUGUUCAUUGCGCUCGGCAGAUGGCUGGAACACAUUGCCAAGGGUAAGACCUCAGAAGCUCUUGCUAAGCUUAUGUCUCUUCAAGCCACAGAAGCCACUGUGGUGACUCUUGGACCUGGCCACUCUAUUGUCAAGGAGGAGCAAGUACCUGUUGAACUGGUUCAAAGGGGUGAUAUUAUAAAAGUUGUUCCUGGUGGAAAGUUCCCAGUGGAUGGAAAGGUCAUUGACGGCAGUUCUAUGGCAGAUGAGUCUCUCAUUACUGGGGAACCUAUGCCAGUCAUUAAAAAGCCUGGGAGCACAGUGAUUGCUGGUUCUAUAAAUGCACAUGGCUCACUUCUUGUUAAUGCAACUCAUGUUGGUAGUGAUACCACUCUGGCACAGAUUGUGAAAUUGGUGGAAGAAGCUCAAAUGUCAAAGGCACCCAUCCAGCAACUGGCAGAUAAAUUUAGUGGAUACUUUGUUCCAUUUAUCAUCAUCAUUUCGACUGUGACAUUGAUAGUAUGGAUCACAAUUGGUUUUGUAAAUUUUGAUAUUAUUAAAAAAUAUUUUCCUAAUCAGAGCAAAAACAUUUCAAAAGCUGAAAUAAUACUGAGGUUUGCAUUUCAAACCUCAAUCACUGUGCUGAGCAUUGCAUGCCCUUGCUCUUUAGGCCUGGCUACCCCCACAGCUGUAAUGGUGGGCACAGGAGUGGCUGCGCAGAAUGGAAUUCUCAUCAAAGGUGGAAAACCCCUGGAAAUGGCACAUCAGAUCAAGACCGUGAUGUUUGAUAAAACUGGGACCAUCACCUAUGGAGUUCCUAAAGUCAUGAGGGUGCUUUUGAUGGGAGACACAGCUGUGCUCCCCCUGAAGAAGGUACUGGCUGUUGUUGGUACAGCAGAAGCCAGCAGCGAGCAUCCUUUAGGAAUGGCUGUCGCUAAAUACUGCAAAGAGGAGCUUGGCACUGAGAGCCUGGGAUACUGCACCGACUUCCAGGCAGUCCCAGGCUGUGGUAUCAGCUGCAAGGUCGGAGGAGUUGAGGCCAUCCUUGGUACAGCUGAGGAAGGUCCCAAUAACCUGGAUGCUAGCAGGAGUGGGGACAGCAGUGCUCCUCUGGGAGAUAAUGGGAUUAUCACGCUCUUGGAAUCACAAGGUCCAUCAGCUUCUCAGAAAUACUCGGUGUUGAUCGGAAAUCGUGAGUGGAUGCGACGCAAUGGCUUGAAUAUUGCAAAUGAUGUAAAUGAUGCAAUGACAAACCAUGAAAUGAAAGGACAGACUGCCAUACUAGUGGCUAUAGAUGGUGCGUUGUGUGGAAUGAUCGCGAUAGCAGACACUGUCAAGCAGGAGGCAGCCCUUGCCGUGCACACGCUGCAGAGCAUGGGAAUAGACGUGGUGCUCAUAACAGGGGACAACAGGAAAACUGCAAAAGCCAUUGCUACUCAGGUUGGGAUCAAAAAAGUCUUUGCGGAGGUUCUUCCUUCUCACAAGGUUGCGAAAGUCCAGGAGCUCCAAAAUGGGAAGAAGAAGGUUGCAAUGGUUGGUGAUGGAGUCAACGAUUCCCCUGCACUAGCCAAGGCCGAUGUUGGAAUUGCAAUUGGAACAGGCACCGAUGUUGCCAUUGAAGCUGCAGAUGUUGUUCUUAUCCGAAAUGAUUUGCUGGAUGUAGUUGCCAGUAUUCACUUAUCCAAGAGAACAGUUCGAAGAAUACGAAUAAAUCUGAUUCUUGCCUUAAUUUAUAAUCUGCUUGGAAUACCCAUAGCAGCAGGUGUGUUCAUGCCUGUUGGCCUCGUACUUCAGCCUUGGAUGGGGUCAGCUGCAAUGGCAGCUUCUUCUGUGUCUGUCCUGCUGUCUUCACUGCAGCUGAAAUGUUACAAGAAGCCAGACACAGAAAGUUACGAAGCACAAGCUCAAGGCCGCAUGAAGCCACUCACUCCUUCUCAAAUCAGUGUUCACAUUGGAAUGGACAGCAGGAGGAGGGACUCUUCCAAACCAUCUCCUUGGGAUCAGACAAGCCAAGUGUCCCUCUCUUCCUUGGCUUCAGACAGGCAGCCGAGACGCAAUGGUUUCAUUCGGGAGGAGGGGGGCAAGUGGUCAUUGCUCAUAAACGGAGCGGAUGAGGAGCAGUACAUCUAAAGCUCUGGACUCUUAGUAAAAGGGGGAAAUGUUCCUUCUCCCCAAUCAGGGGAGGGAGUGACUUAUUUCAUCAACAGCUUCAGUGUUGUAAGUGAAGUAUUCCUUCAGUUCAUAAGACAAUUGCAACUCAGCUCAGUGUUGGGUUGUAUGGAUUGUGGAUUUUUUUCAGGUCACCAGUUAUUUCUAGUUGUGGAAUUAAUCUGUGCCACUAUAAUGAACUGGCUUGUUUGCACACGGCAUUUAGUGAAAUUAUGUAAAAUGGUAAUUUGCAGAGUCUAAAAGAGUUUCUCUGUGACUCUUUGCUAGGAACCAAAUUUCAUACUUUUCACUCUUUCAAACUUUAUUACUUCAAGACCACAUGAAGCAAGAGUAUUUUCAGAGCUGUCAAAUAUUAAUUUGUUUCUAAAUGAAAUUAGCAAUGGCAUAAGGAAUUCUGCGGUCAGAAUUUGAAUUUUUACACAGAAUCCUAACUAGUCAUGUCACUGUGAGAACACUUUGUAUUUAGGAUUCAUGGCAUGUCCUGGGACCAAAAAUGCUUUGUUGUUUCACCUGCUUCAACUCUGAAAGAUCUUUUUCAAAGAUUUUCACUUGCUUUGAGGUAUUGCAUCCUUUUGAUGCACAUUUCUACUCUCUGAUUUUCUCUUUUGCUCCAUAUGAGCUCUUUCCCCAUUUUUCUUGCACAAGAGAUCUUCUGUGAGUUAUCAUUGUGUUCACAGAUAUUCCUGUUUGGGACAAACUCCUUUAAGUCACCAGGAACCUUUCCAUUCCAAUUGAAAUCCAUAAAGACAGAACAGUUCCUGGUCCCAUUUAUCCACGAUACCUUGCUGGACCCCAGGGAGCUGCUUAGAGUUGGGUAGUUGUCUGGGUAGUUGUCUGUCUCUUUACUCUGGCAGAGUGAAGAAUUUAUGCCAGUGUGAGCAAAGGUGGUAUUUACCUCUGCUCAGGUAUUUACCUGAGCAGAACUAGCACUGGUGUGACUCCAGUGUAGCUGAACAGAGGGAGAUUAUUGCAUAACUUAACCCCAGUUUGCUGGUUGCUUAAAAUGCAGCUAAAAGUUUAAAUUAUAAAGGUGGAAAAAUGGCCUUAAAGUGGGCUUCUAUUUGCCAUCAUAUGAAUAAAUGACAGUACCUGAACUAAGAAAAUUUGUAAUUUAAAUUUGUAUUUAUGUUUUGCAUUUGUUUUAGUUCCCCUCUUUUUCAAUGAGAAAUCAAAGUGCUGGACAACCAUUUUUUUGCUUUAACAUCUUUACCAAAGCUUGCAGUAACUUCAUCCCUUAUGGAUGUCAGAUUCACCCCUUAACACUUUUUAGAGUCAGGGCAGUAGGAAUCAACAGCUUUGGUGCACUGGAUUCAGUUCCAGAGCGCUGUCUUGUCCAGCUGUGGGACCCUGAUGUAAGCAGAGUUUUAUAGUUGAAUUUAGAAACUGAAAGAAGAGGAAAUACUUUGCUAAACAACAUGAAAUAACUACUUAUUUUCAUUGACUGUAAUAUAGAGCUGUUUCUAACACGGGUUCAAAUCCUGCUUCUCCUAAUGUAAAAAUGAAAAACAAGUCAGAGAGGAAAAGAAUUGUUCUUAAAGCAUUGGAUGGGUCUUCCCAUUUUCUCAGCAGUGUCUUAAAUAUAAUUACAAAUUAGAUUUAAAACUCUAUAUAAGUAGAGAUUACUUUCACAGCACACACACUUUUCAAACAUGCCAUAGGUGCAUGUCCCUGUGGGAAAGAGGGUCUGAAGUUUUACUGUUCUGUAUUUUCUUACCAGUCCUUACAGUAAAAAUAUGCUUUGGUUUAAAAAAGAAAAAAAAACCAACAAACAAAUGACUGUGUCUUUUUCUUUUCCUUUUUAUUUUUUAAAUUUUUUUUUUAUUGAGGGGUUAAGAAUAAAAAGAGCAUAAACAGAGAUUGUUGGAUUGCAGGGUACACUUGCACAAGGUUUUGUGACUGCUUUGUGAUCUGUUUCAGGCAGGAUAUAUAGGAGGGAAAAAGAGACAGUGUUGUUCAUGUUGAGAUAGGUGAGGUUACAAACAUGUUAAAGGGUGGAAAUAGGAUUCAAAAUCGUCUUGGGGAAUUGGACAGAACCAGAAAACUUCACAAACAGAACAGAGAGGAAUUAAAGGUCAACAUAGCUGAAAAAGGUCAGGUAGUUGUCUGGCAUUCAUUUUGUCACCCAUUCUAACAACACAGUGAUCCUGAAAAAUGAAGAGAAACUCAGAGAGGUAUAAAGAUUGUAUCACCCAUAUGACAAAAUACCUCAUUCUGUUCUGCUCUGGAGAGGUAUCAGCUGAAAAAGCAGCUCUAGUUUUAUAUGUCAUGCCUCUUAGGAAAAACCAGUUCAGAGAAGAGCAAUGAGAUUUAACAGAAAUCUAGAAAACAUGAGAAUGAAAUAUAUGAGAAUAAGAAACAGAAGCAGACUGAUAGAGUUUGAGUAAUUUUGCUUACAGAAUACCAUAAGGAAAUACAAGUCUCAAGACACAAAGAGAACAAUUUAUUCCUUUCAUCUUUUCAGUGUCUUUUAUGUUCAUGGGGAAUAGAACAAGAAAAUAAUAGGCUUAUUUCACCAAAGAAUAUUUAGAUUAGUCACUAGGGAGGAACUGUGUAACAGGAAAGAUUGUGGAGCACUGGAAGAUGUUUCAGAUGGGGGCACAUCUCUUCAGAUGCUCAUGGCAAUCAGGCACAUAUUUGGUGAUAAUGUGUAAGUCAGAGGUGAAUCCUCCGUGGGGCAAGCAGCUGCCCUACAGCAGCUCCUGACCUUCUCCCCAGAUGGGCUUUCUCUUAUUUCUGUGAAAGUAAUAUGAACCAAAAAAUUAUUGGAGUAGAGGACUGACCACACUAUCCUGCUCUCAAGAAGUGCUGAAGAACCUGACUUAUUUCAUACUUGAAAUGAACUGGAAAGUUUUGCUCAUUAUAUUUGCAUAAUGUCUUUAAAUGGCUGUGAAAAUUGCAUAAAUCAUGGAAUCAUAGAAUGGUUUGGGUUGAAGUGGUCCUUAGAAUUCAUCUAGUCCCACUCUCCUGCCAUGGGCAGGGAUACCUUCCACUAGACUGGGUUACUCAAAGCUCCAUCCAGCCUGUCUUAACACUUGUGACCAUGUGCUCUUGUUAAACUUGAGCUCCUGAUGCACAUCCAGUCUCACUGGGGGGGGUGUAUGAGAUGGAGCUCAGCGUUUGCAUGUCUGCAUGCAAUGUAAUUACGAAUUGUCCUUGUCCCCACCGGACCCACCUGCCUGCAGCCCCCAGCAGAGUGAGGUACUGGCCUGGGACUGCUGCCUGUGCUGGCCCUACUGCAAAUUAGCUGGAGGAAGGUGCCUGAGAGGAUGGACUCGUGGACUCCCUAAGCUCAGUGCCUGAGGUGCCCAGCAGUGUGCCACACUUGUCCUGUUUCCUAGGACUGAGUAUUUUGAUGGAUUAGACAGUAUGGAGCAACUUUUCAAGUCCCAGUUUUGAUCUUAGGUGUCAGCAUUGUGCAUGUUCUCUCAGCACGACUCAGUUGCUGCCUAUCUGAUGGUAAGUGUUGAUAUAUCUGAUGAUUUACAGGGGACAACCAGUUAUUUUGCUCUGGGAAAAAUUAGUGAGUCCUUUGUUGUAACUUUUAAAUUCUUUUUUAACGAACACAGAAGACAUUGAAUUAAUCAGAUCUUUGACUUCCAUGUUAUUUUUGGUGCAAUAGCUCAGGAAUACUGUUGUCUGUGAAGUUUCUCAGCUGUUCUUCUUCUCUUGUUAUAGUUUGCCAUACAAUUUUUGGUGCCCUAAGUUCACAGGAAAGAAAUUAUUCCAUUUCAUUUCCUCCUCCUU